UUGUGGACUCCGUCGAGAGUCUCCCGGCAAAAUGUUGAAAAUGCGACUCGUGUUGUCUCUGGAAAAAGGCUGCGCGUAGCGCGAUUUCUUUCCCACUGGAAUACGCACGAAGAACGUUCGUCUACGGUCCAACAAUCCAGAUGAGAUGAUUGUGAAGCAACCAUGCCUACUAGUGGCUCUUCUCCUCUGCCUACGGAGCCCCCAGUCAGAUGCAUCUGGGAUGCCAUCACAGGAGCCGGAGCACAUGACGGCAUUGCUGGGGCAGGAUGUGAUAUUACACUGCCCCUUCGAAUACCCAGAUGGCAUGCCGGUGCCCUAUCUUGUCCAGUGGCACAAGAAAGACCACAAGAUACCUAUUUACAUCUGGUACGACGGGUACCCACCACAUGCGGCCGAUGACUACAAAGAACGCAUUUCGCUUUCGGGCCAGUCGUCACUGAACCUGACAAAUGUGCGCGAGUCAGACAAGGGCUGGUAUGAGUGCAAGGUCUUCUUCCUCAACCGGGAAACUAUUCGUAAUGGAACUUGGAUCUACCUCGACGUACUUGCCCCACCGCACUUCAAGUCCAAGCCAGAACAGAUCAUCUAUGUGAAGGUGGGCGAAUCAGUGGUGCUCCCCUGUGAGGCUGAGGGCACCCCACCUCCCACCAUCAUAUGGUACAAGGAUAACCUUCCCCUGGAAGAGAGCACCAACACCCAGAUCCACCCAACAGAACUGCGCAUCUCCAACCUGCGCCAGACCGAUGUGGGUGACUAUACCUGCAUGGCUCGCAACUCAGAGGGCAGCGACUCGGCGCUUGCCAAGGUCAUCGUGGCUGGCCCUGCAGUGAUCACAACCCCUCCACAAAACCUGACCAAGCUGGAGGGAAACUUCGCUGAGUUUGUGUGCGAAGCUCGUGCAUUGCCCUCCAACAUCACUCAUCGAUGGUUCUACAAUGGUGUGGAGAUCUCCAAGUUGACCUGGCUACAGACACGCACGCUUGUACGUCAGGAUGGCACGCUGUUUAUCAAUCCCACCGCAGCGGAUGACUCAGGCUUCUACACCUGUGAGAUCUCAAAUGGAAUCGGCCAACCUGAGUCUGCUACUGCCUACCUCAACAUCGAGUACCCAGCAAGGGUGAACUUCACUCCAGCCUUCCAGUACAUGCCUCUGAACCUGUCAGGAGUGGUGCGCUGCUACAUCCAGGCCAACCCACCCAUUCAGUUUGUCACCUGGUUCAAGGACAACCGGCCCUUUGAGGCCAAUGCCCUCAAUGGUGUUGUCAACCUGAGCAAUGGCUCACUCUUCUUUCAGCGUGUGUCGUACGAGCACCAGGGGCGCUACCUGUGCUCCCCUUUCAACAUCCACUCCACAGGAGGGUCUUCUGCUGUCAUGGAGGUGCUUGUCCGUGAGCCACCCAUGUUCUCAGUGAAGCCCAAGGAGCUGUACCAGCAGCCGAGAAACACCGAGGUCACCAUGCCUUGUGAAGGCAAAGGGCACCCUCCGCCAACCAUCUCUUGGAGGAGAGCGGAUGGCAAGAAGCUACCCAAAAAUCGUCACAGUGUGAGUAAAGGAAAGCUGACCAUUCGGAGCCUUCAGAAGGAGGACCACGGACGAUACGAAUGUGUGCUGCAGAACGACGUCGCUACCCUGGUCACCAGCACCCUUUUGCUGGUUGAGAGCACAACACCACAUGCACCCACCAAUGUGUCGGUGAACACUAGCGCCUUUGCCGCCACUGUCUCUUGGCUGCCAGGUUAUGACGGGGGCCACCCACAGACCUAUGUCCUCUGGUACCGACUGGUGGGGCAAGGUGAUGCUGAGUGGCGCACCAUCCGAGUGUAUCCGGACAACGCCAUCACACUGACCAUCCAUAAUCUGCAACCUGAGUCUCAGUACGAGUUCCAGGUGCUCUCGCGGAAUGCCUUUGGAGAUGGACUUUACAGUGACAUUGUGCGCGCAAACACUACUAAGUGGAACUACAUUGAAGGCGCCUACCCGACUGAUGCGUAUGGUUCCACCUACAUCCCCACUGUGAACAGGACUCCGACAGCCCCCCGGCUCCCUCCUUCUACCUCGUCCUCCUCCCCUCCUUCACCGUCUCCGUCACCAGGUCCCAAGCCGUCUGCGCCGCGCAAUGUGACGGUACGUGAGACUUCUGCCGGGGUGCUGGUUACGUGGCUGCCGCCAGUCAACUCAUCGGUGCCUAUCGCCUUCUACUGCGUGGAGUACCGGUCGCCAGACAAACCAUGGGCACGCAGCACCAACAUCAUGACUGGCAGCGAGUACACCAUCACUGACUUGCCUGAGGGGACCAAGUUCUACAUCCGCGUCUCAGCGUUUUCCAUUACCUCUGCCUUUGAGUCGAGCCCCGAAAUACUACUUACCCUGGCAGGCUGCUGUGUUUCAGACCGGGGCCCCAAGUACAAGCGGGACCAGGCCAUCAUCUCGGGCGUUGUCGGUGGCGUGCUCUUCUUCAUCGUGGCCAUCAUCCUCUCGGUCUGCGCUGUCAAGAUCUGCAACAAGCGCAAACGGCGGAAGGCCGAGAAGGCGUACAUGAUGGUGACAUGCCCUGUAGCAGAUGCUCGUAAUGGAGGCCACUCACAUGGAGGCAGCCCUGUGUCACUGAAAAAACACCCGGAAGGCCGAGUACCAGGUGUAGCGGUGACUGGUGUAGCGGGCCCGGGACCCUGGUGGCCGGUCCCCCCUGAGCCCCCUCCGGCAGCCCCAACAACCCGGCGGCCCGCCAUUGCAGCGACCACGCCGCGGGCAAGUAGCCCGGGCCUCCAGCUGCUGCUGCAGGGCUUCCCCGAUGACCUGAGCCCCGUGAGCGGUGGUGACCGGUCACUGCCCAGCACGGUGCCAUCGAGUGCCGCCUUCUCGACGCCUCCGUCCCGUGAGCCACCUUGUGGCUUCCGGCCCAUCCACGCGCCCCCUGCCAUCGUGCCCCGCGCUAGUGUCACCACCGGCAACACCGGCCGGCAGCCACCGCUAGCCACAAGCUCACCGCCUUGCCUCGGCUAUAAAAAUGGCGGCAGUGGCUACACCCGCGAGCGCCUGCUGGGUGCAGUGCAGCGCGUCCGGUGCACGGCCCUCCGCCACCACAGUGCUCCUGAGCUGCAGAUGACGGUCUCGGCAGGCAGUACGGCAAACGCGGCGACCGCGGCUGUGGUGGCGUUGAGGCCCGAUUCAGCGAGCCUGACAAGUGGUAGCUCUGGACGUGGCAGCUCGGCCGGCGCGGCCCGCGGUGACUCCUUGCAGGGAGAGCUGCGUCCGGCAGCGGCCAACCUGAUGUCGUCAUCUCUGGUGCCGCCUCGCGACCAGUCGGUAGACGAGAACUAUGAGUUUGACCCGGCUUUGAGCCCUGCGUUGGGUGACGAUGACGACGCGUGGCGCGGACUGAGCGACAGUGAGCUCUACAGCACCGCCUGGGAUGCUGAGACCCGCUGUGCAGCAUUGAAGCGCGAGUUCUUGCGCCGACGCCGGCGGCCGCUUGAGAGCGCCUGCUGAGACAAAAAGGGGGUCUCCUGCUCCUCUUCCUAGUCACGGAAGCAAUAACGCGCGCCGACUCGCCUACACCAAUGUCACAAACGGCACAUCCAAUAAGGGCUAUGCUGUAGUGGCCUUUCGUGGCAACUCACGUUGUUGCUACAACCAGUUUUAUCUCGAUCUGCUCCCUGCCUUCACUUGCAUCUGAUGACAUUCUAGAGCCACAUAUGUUGGCCUAUCUGUGGCUGUCAGAAUGCUGGUAACAUGUGGUGCAUGUGUGUCAUCAGUCUGCUGUCGGAGGUGCUGCACUAGCAAGAUCUUGUGGCUUGCCACGAAAGACCACUGCCUCACACUUCCUGUACCCACAUCAGCUCAAUGCGGCGAUGACAACCCAUGUACAGACUGACGUGCUGUGGCCACCUCAGUUGAUGAGCGCUGGACGCUCGUGUGCGACAGUCCGAGGACGCUUCUCCUUUUGUGGUGCUCGUGCAACGCACAUAGAAGGUGGCAGGCAUGCAAAUUCUUCUUUCUUUUCUCUUCUCAUGCGCGUCACCGACAUAGUACAAGGGCUUCUUGGUUUAUUACUACGCUGGCUUCACUCUGCGCGCUCUGAACCCCUCCACCCUCUGGAAUGAGAUGCUUUUUUUUGGGUGGACCGACUCACCAACUCUUGCGAUAAAGGGAGUCUAGGGAACUUGUAUGCAUGUAAAUAGACUGAGAAGAAAAAAAGGUGGUUGUUGCAGAGCGUCGUAGUUCUUGUAAUGUUAGUCCCCAGAAGCACAGAACUGUAGACACCAAAACAAAUAAUUGUCUUCUUUCUUUUUUUCACAGUUGCUUUGCUGUACAACUUAUGGGAUGAUGGUGCCCCAUGGGCGCACUAUGCCUGCACACAUUCCAAGGUCACAUCCAUGCUCCACAUAUACACCGUCGUAACAAUUCCUUAAAAGAAAAGCACACAGACAAAUACUACAACCCAUACCCUUGACAUCCAUCUGACACACACAGACACUUUGUAGAAUUUACAGAAGAUGAGUCAAAAUUUUAUUGUAGGCUGUCACAACAUCUCAAUACAUAUAGUGUAAAUUAUGCAGCAUUACUUGUUGCUAUGUUAAAUACAAAGAUGGCUAAAAAAAAAUUAAUCUUAUGUUGUUCGCCUGUUGUCAUGGCACUCGUGAAGGCGGACAGGCAGUAAGAGACUUAGGCAAUUUGCAGCCAGAAUUUUUUUACAUGUGAGUGCUGUACAUAAUAUUAAGCACCAUAUAACUUUGUUUUGCCUUUGGCUAUUGUCUUUUAUUUUAUAAAUUUUUAAAUAUAUUUUUUGUUUUUGUCCUACACUUGCUAAGAAUGUCCAUGCGAGACUGAAGUUUAUUGGUUAUGAUGUCUGUCUGAAGUGUUUUUGUGGAGAGUUUACGGGACGCUCCUUAUGUUUGUGAGCUUUGAAACCACUUGCUAGUAGAUUAGUUUUGCAGGCACCUAAAUCAAAUAUAAUUUUAUGUACCAGUGACUGGUUUUUACGACUUUUAUUAGUUUGGAAGCAUAACUAAAUUCUCUUUGUAGCUCGGCAAGCGAGAGUUCCCUUGCUGUGUUAGAAUUAUAUUUUUUUACAAAUGCUGCAGCCCAUGAUACCUCAGGGAUAAAAGGAUGUCUUAAAGGUGCCUGUGGGGGCCUUGACUUCCUUUGUGUUUCAGUUAGUUUGUCUGCUGUUUCUUUGUUUUCAACCUGUCCUUAACCAUCACAGUACUGAAGAUAGAAGCUUACUUUUCUGUUUAUUUGCAUAUUAGGCUAUCUUGAAAUGAGCUUUGCAAAUUCCAAGUCUCUUAUUUGCCCUACUAAUAUUCAAACAUUUGUCUGUGUAGCAACCUGCAAGGCAGCCACGUUAAGUCAGCCAGCUGCCAUCUUGAACGUAUUGCCAACCCUGACACAAAUGAAGUGGAAGGACAUGUUAAAGAACUGCCACUUUAGGCUUCUAAAGCCAGAACUAUACAUAGGAUGCAGCAGCAGGAUUUUGCAGUCAGCCACAUGAUAACAUGAUGCCUUUGAUGCCUUUAUUAUUGCUAUGCUCCAAAUAAUAUUGUAAGCAGUUAUGUAUACCUGCCUUGUUAUCUAGUUAAGAACCAACGUCUCUGCUCCUGGUCAUGUGCAUCAUGGAAGAAGUAUUAACAAGACUGAAAUUAGUCUUGAAGAAACCCAUUGCACACAACAAUAAAAGGCGACAUUUUAAGGCAGGUAAAGUGCAAAAAACAUGGAAAAUGUCGCCGUACCAACUACCUCGGGACACAUCCUAGGACAAUAAAAAGCACAGUAACAAUUAAAUGUUCAGAAAUAAUCUAAGGGGAUGCUAAAGAUAGAUGCCUAAUCAUGUGCUGCAGAGGUGAUAUUUCUUACAAUUCAAUCAGCAUAUUCUUUUGUGUGCAUGCUAAAAAUUACCCAAUUUUAAAGUCUGAAAUUUGGCACCGAUGACAUCAUUGUGUGAUGUCACAGAUUUCAUGCUCCAUCGCAUAUUUCAAUCCUCUUUGUGCAUGAAAUGUGUGCAGAGGUUGGAAAUUUCAGGUGGUGUUGCUGCACCACUUCUUCACCCCGCAUACUCUUUUUAUUUUUGUUGUUUGAUGGUACUGUGCAAUUUUCUUGGAAUAUUUGCAAGACAUUAAACUCUGUUGCAGCCGUAUGUCAUUUCAAGGCUGAUUUUACAUGCCUUGAAUGCAAUGCAGUUUACUUAUAACGAUGAUGAAAAUUCAAAAUGUGGUAUCAUUGUAACCAGAUAUUGUUAUAUGUAGAUUGAAUUUCAUGUACAUCCAAUACUAUACGAUGCAGUAUGCAGUACCUGUCAUCGUAACCAGCAAUCAUUAUAUGGCAUAUCGUUGUGAGUAAACUCUACCUUUGCAGAAGACCUCUACACUCAUUGGAACUAACCUACUUGCUGUUUUAGAAGUGGAAAAUAAUGAUACAGCUUAACUUAAUACUUUUCUUUGGUGUACCUGAUAUAUCAUGUUCAGAAAGUUCAGCUGCAUUGAUUCUUUUAAUGCUUAUGCUGUCAUAUGUAUUCUAACAAAGCAAAGUCCUGCAUCUCAGUCAGGACUGCUGUUGCACCAAGUUCUGGCACGGCUGGCUGCAGUGUCUUGCUGCUGCACACUCCCCAACAGAAACAAAAUGAAACGCCGAGGCACGUGAACUACAGCACAGGAGCAGUAGAAUGCAAAGUAGAGUGUAUCGCUUCAUCUGUUUUGCUUGUUUGCUUUUGUGUCAUUUAUGUGGUAUUGCAUCUGUACCCAGUGGUUUGCGUGGGGCCCUACUGCGAUAUAACAAGAAUGUGUGUACAUAUUACCAUUUAUCACAAGUUGUCUAGGCUUAAAAGAAAGGGGAGGCGGAAGCUCUUACCAGUGAGUGUGUCGUGGUUGAGGGGAUGCCUCUUAAAUUGAUGCAUGUAUGCUGGGCCCUUUGUGGUCUCUCGACCGCGCUGCUCAAGGGACAGGUGGCUUUUCUGUAUAACCUGUGAUAUUGUAGUGCAACCGAUUGGCUGCUAGGCUAUCCAGUCGCCCUUUUUCUAAUUUGUUGUUGUUUUUUUCCUCGUUGACUGGAAAGCAAAGAUGCAUGAAGUGGUGGCAGUUACUGCAGUGAUGGCCUCAUCGACAGGAUUGAUUUGUGGGCUUUAUUGCAAAGCAACAUAGGGUCGACAUAAUGGAAAGCAGCGGGUGAAUUUUGACAAUGUGCAAUUUUUUAACAUGCACCUUAAAAGUGCACUAACGUUUCUGAAUUCUGCUGGCACUGGAACGCAGCUGCUGCAGCCAGGAUUGAACCCAUGACCUUGUAAUCAGCAGCAGAAUACCAUAGCCACUUAGUCAUUGUGGCAUGUUGUCUUUGGAGUAUUUUCCUCAACACUUUUGUGGAUCGAAGGUGGUGUAAAAAAGAGAAGUUGGCAGAGCACAUUGUGUUUGGAACACGUUACACUUGUGUGCCAUCACAAAUUAGCUUCAGCAGAAUUACUAGCAGUGGUGAAUCCCUGGAGUGGAUGGCAUCCUGUUGGAAUGUAUGGCUGUUGGAAAUAAAUCCUGAAUAACUUUUUCUGACCACUUGAAAGGGUGCUCAAAUUUGGCUCUCUGACGAAGUUGGCACUUUUUUCAAAUUUGUAGUUACAGUGUACUACCUUGUAAUGGCUUCUACUAGAUUUUUACAAAAUUUAAUUGUCUUUCUGCCCCCGCUCCCAUUUCUCUCUCUCUCUCUUUCUUUUAACAGCAGGGAGAUUCAUCAGUAAAACAUUUCAGAAUUAACGUGGAGGGCAAACGAAACUUGGGUUGCCUUUUUGACUGGUGGAAAGGCAGUUGGCAGGUGUUGGCACAGAGUUUCAGUUCCCAUAAUCAUCAGUGCUGCAUGCUCUGUUCUUAUAGCAUUUAUGCUGAUAUAAGCAGAAUAUUGUGAUUGUGUAAGCAAAACAACUACAACCUAGUGCUAUGUCACUAAAAUGCAAGUGAGAUUAAAAAGGCCACAGAUAAACUAGCAGCCACUGUAAAAGUUGCAUGAUGAGGCAAAAAAUGACGAGUGGGCAGUUUUCGGUAUAGAAACAUUGGCAGUUUGGGAAAAUCUGGUUCAAACUGUCCAAAAGUUUAAUUAAGUGUUACCACUGAAAUUUCAGUCAAACCGCACAUUUGAUAAUCUUAAAUAACGAUUGAUGGUAAACUGCACUCACACUCGGAAGUGGGUACUCCUCAAAGAAUCUCACAAGAUUCAUGUAUAUCCCUUGCAUUCUCUUAAUUUGCAUUGCAUUGUGCCAUCUGGCACUAGCCUGGUUUCAUUUUAUUGCGGCAAGAAAAAUAUGAUAAUGCAGAGAAACAAAAGCUUGUCGUUUUUAGUAUGAGGCUUGCUAGAUAUUGGUGAUGAAGUGACAGCAUUGUGGUCCAUGCAGUGAGCAUGUGUCCUCUCUUGGCGUGACAAAAUCACACUGCAUUUUUGCUUUUUAGAUAAACAAUUCAAUUGUAUUCUUUUGCAAAGAUACCUUAUGUGUGCCCUUGCUGAUGCCUCCAUCUUUUGCUUGAAUGAACUGCAAGAUAGCUUUUGUGAGCUUCUUCCUGUAUAAGAAAGUAGGAAUUGAAAUUUUUGUGCGUUAUGAAUAUGAAAUAAAUAUUGAAACAAUGGGUGUUAAAGAUAAAUUUUCAGCUGGGGUAAUUUGAAUUUAAGACUUGAGUAGAUGAUAUUCUGGUUGAGGUUAAGUUUAGAGAAAUAAGUGAAUUUGGUUACCAUGUAAUGUGUGGAGCAGACAGCUACUGGUCUAUUGGAGUGUAACAGAAUAGAUCACAAGGGAAGGGAAGUGCAUUGGAAGGUAGCAGAAUGCUGGAUAGAGUGAUGAGAUUGAGAAGUUUGGGGGCAGAUGGAAUCAAUUAGGUUGAAGCAAGACAGGGGUCAUUUAAAGUCUUAGAGGAGCAGGGGGGGGGGGGGGGGUACUGUGUACUGCAGUGAACAUAGAUAGGAUGAUAUUUAAAAGCCCAUCGUCAUGGUAGUCACUGUUGUCGGAGCCAUCAUGGCAGUUUCUCUGUUUUCCACACCAGUACAUCUCCUGUGAUCGCCAUGUUGGAUGCUUUGUGGGCAGCUUUGUGUACAGUAGUGGUGGUAGUGUCACAUGCUAGCCAGGAAAGCCACUCGUGUCCUUAGCAGUCGAGCUGUGCACCUUACCUCGUUAUGAGUGCGCACAUUUGUGUGCUUGGUCCUUCCAGCCACCCCUAACAGUUUGUGUUCUUUUGCUCUCACUGGAGUUCUUACUUUUGUCAUUAUGUAUUGUUUGUUGUAUACCAUCAUACUGUUAGACAUUUCAGGCAGGAAGUAUUGGUCUGUCCUCCUACCUUCUUUGUUAUUUUGACCAGCCUUGACCUUACGAUCAUUCCACAUUAUCCUGCGGCGCUUCUUGAAAGUUUUAUUUUGCCACACCUCAAGUACAUGAGGGGGAAAAAAAAUGACGGCCAAGGCUUUUAACAAAGGCAGUCCAAAUAGCUAUGUGGCCUUUUCUGCCCAUGGCUGCUUGUCAAGCCUGAAAUGAAUGUAGCAUCAGUUACUUCGGCCAUUUUUCUACUGUCUACCUAGGUUCCCAAAGUAUGCUUAUUUGGAGAAAAUUGAAUAGCAUGUAAUGGCAAGGAUAGCUAUGGAGCAUUGUUGGUGCUGUUGGUGCUGCUGCUUGGAAUACAGUGCAUGGGAACACUACCUCACAAGAGGCAAUACAGUGCUCUGGCUAGUUUGAUUCUAUUGUAUAUGGUUUGAUCCAUUUAAGGUUUAUUGCAAUACUAUGUGGGGGAAAAUCUGGCACUGCCAUUUACCCAGUUUCUUGAACGGUACUGUGAAAUCAUGGAAAUUAUGGGCUAUACCCAUGCAACACAAAAAUUUCUUCUAGACGUCUAGAAGAUGUCUUCACAAGAAUAUGCGGACAUGCUCUAGUAGUCCAAGUCAAGUAGUGAUUUAACCCUAGAAUUCCAGAAAAUGUGUAGCAAGUGCUAAUGCUGCACUUGUAGGCAUUUUCGUUUUAUAAAUGUCUUUGUGAGAGCACAUAUAUAUGUCUGUGAGACAAGCCUCAUAUGGUAGUAUGUCUAACGUUCUUUUAGUAUACAUGCGAGCAGUUCAUAAAAGUUACUAACUGAACAGUUAGAGUAUAUUCACUUAAAAGACAUCUUUCAGCCAUCCUACAGCAUACGCAUACGCACAUAUUAAAUGUUGGACAGGUUAAAGUUGGCUGUAUCGAACAUUUUGAGAAUAUGUUAUCCUUGCUUGUUAUUUACUUCUAAUACAAAACAUCCUUUCAUUCAUUCAACACAUUCAUUUAACGUGUUGACCGAGACCAAGAUCUCUAGCUGUUCUUAGCCAUUUCAAGAUGCCUGCAGGAAGUUUUGUGUUCCAUGGGUAGCGGGCUUGAAUAAUGUUUGGCCUAAACAUGGUCAUGACUGCACAAUAUAGCUUUCUCAGAGUGAAAUCUUCAUAGAAAAUUCUUGGGUUCUUUCAUAACACACUUUGCAUUAAUCUUUACUUUCAUAAUGUCAAAUGAGUAAACGAAGAAAAUGGAAAGAUACUAUUCAAGCCAGUGCAUUGUUAGUGCAGACCUUCUCACCUUUCCUUCAACUUUUGCAGCACACUGCUGCUGUUCACAUUCAGUAUAACUAUGCCCUAGUGUGAGUGCUUGUGUUUUUAAUGACGAAUCUUUUACAUAAUAAUAGAGAAAAAGAAGAAUGAUCAACAAAGAAGGACGAUAAUUGCAUUCUAAAGAAGGCAAAGACUCAUCGUAGGAAGUUUCGUGAACUUUUUCUGCACCAAAAUGGCAUAAGUAUGAGAAAACAUAUAGAAAGCCGUGAUGCCGCACUGACAUACCUGAACUGUGCUUUGGGCAUGAUAUGCAAGAAAGGGAAGUUAGGAUUUCAUUUUAUCCUGUGAUAAUCAACAUUACUAUUGGGACAGGAAUGAGAGUUUUGAUGGGCUACUGCACUUGUCUUAACUGAUUUAGCAUUUCUCUUAGUGUCCCUUCAAAGGAGGACAAAAUAUUUUUGACUUAUUGUGAAAUAAGGUAAGGCGUGCAGACACGGACACAAGGGCAAGAGAAGACAACCAGACAACACAAACGCUGGUUGGUUCUCUUCUCUUGCGUCCAUGUCUGCACGCCUUACCUUCUUUUAUGAUGAAUCCCUACCAACUAGUUCAACCUUCUGUAGUUCUAAGAUUCGACUUGAAGUUUUUCUUUUGUUGCAUUCAAUGCAGGUCCAAACCCCCCUAAAUCCUGAAAAGGAUACUGACAUGCAUCAGAAUGCCCUCAAUAAUUUCCUAUUAGUAUAGUUUUUGCUACAAGCCAGUUUCAGUUUUGAUACCCAGGAGCUUUAUGCUUCAAAACAUUAUGGUUACUCAUUUCCAGCGACUGCCACACUCAAGCACAUGCAAAAGAAGUGUGUGAAGCACUCUCACUUGUUUUUUUCAUUAGCAACGUCGUCAUACGUGGGCUUAUUGCUACAUGACAUCAGAAAAUUUUGCUCUUUGUCAUGACAUCACAUUAAUGUUGAUGCCAGUUUUAGUCUUUCAAGAUCGACUGUAGUAUCAAAUUAAAAUAUAUAAAUGUUUCUCAACCAUCAUACUUGCUAAGUACAAACAUUUUAUGUGUGAGAAGAAUGUGGUAGUGUUUAUAGAAGUUCAAAAAUAUGUGUCAGUACUCCUUUAAGUUAAAAAAGAAAUUAACACAGAAUGCCAGAACAUGGUUUGCCAGAAGAUGGGUACACCAGUUGAAUUUGCCUGGUAAUGCUCGUUAUGCUCUUGGUCAGCUGCAGAGAUGACAGUCUUUGAAUCUUGGUGGAUGAACCAUGCUAUUACCAGUUUUAAAUGUUUGCUGUUACAAUGUAAACUAUAAAAUUUGAUCUUGGUGUGAAACAAAAAAACUGUGGAAAGCACACACACAUGCACACACACACACUUACACAAAAAACUGUUGGUAUAAAUUUUUAGGUCACUGCAAGAAAAGUUGAGCACAUUAAAAUAACAAUACUCUCUAAGGGUUUUCUUUUUUUUUUUUCUGUGGUGCUGUUCUAGUGCACUGUGUUUCAUUGUAGCAGGUGGUAGGCAGGUUAUUGGCUUGAAAGUGCUAAGGGUGCAUUCUGUAGAUUUAACAGUGAUGUCCAGUUUGUACGUUUCACGCACUUUUAUCCCGAUAGGGUGAUUUUUUCUUGCUGAGGCAUAAAACUUAUGACAUUCAUGUACCAUCAGAGCCAUCUGUCAAUUGCAGUAGUAACUUGAAUUAGCCUCAGCACAUGCUCAGAUAUAAAUUAAAGUGUGCUUUUGCUUGUUAAUUUGGUUGUACUGAGCUUACAUCUAGAAGGCUAGUGUACUAAACAAGGGUUGACAUCCUUUAAAGGGAGCCUUGAAGGGAGUAUGCUCUCUUUAAGUUGAACAUGAUGGCUCCUUGGAAAUGUUAUAUUUUGACCAGCUGAGCUCAGUAGGACGUUCUGGCGGGCUAGUUGGUUCAUAGCUUUUAGACGUUUGUAAACUGCGCGAAAAAAACGAGGACACAAGAAACGCACAUGAAACCACGAGCGCUCGUGGUGUCGUGUGUGUUUUUUUCUUGUGUCCUCGUUUUUUUCGCGCAGCUUACAAACGUCUAUGAGCUCACUAGAAAUGCCCUAAAUGUACGAAACUGUACAAAGGUUGUCAGUCUCAUCAUCUUAUGGGAAUUCAUUCUUGCAGAUUUUGCUGUAUUAGCAUGGAUCGAAUUAAGUUAGUGUAUAUUUGUUGCAACAGAACAUGUAACUGUGACUAGCUUGUGCCCCUAGGCCAGAAAAUGCACAAAAGUAAACUGCUUAAAUCAAAAACACGAAUCUCCUGAUUGCAGUAGCUAUGCAAAUCAAUAAUGCUAGGCAUUUUGCCAUUGAACCUAGUAACAAUUGGAAUGGGUUCACCAGUGCACCAACAAGGACUAGAAUUGACUCAGCAGUCUAACUAUUAACUCGAUGAUCAUGUCAGAUAUGUCAUCACUGAAAAAAUGCCUCGGAUGUGGGGGGCUUUAUAAUAUAGGGCUUUUGGGUACUUAAAGCAUGUUGAGCUCAGUAUUUGCUAUGUGCUUUUGGAUGUAUUGCAAUCAAUGUAGGGCUACUUCAGCAACUGUGAUCAAAGCUGAACCCUGUAGAUCAGUGGCAGAACAGCCGAGCUGCUACGUCAUGGCAAGAUGUAUGAAUGUAAGCGAUAGCAUUGUCAUGUCUCAAGCACAUGUGGUUGCCGGGCGACUGGAAGGUUAUUGAUUUUCACGCACGCCAGCACUUCUGUUAGUGUGGUGACAAAAAGCACAUGAUGUCUUCAUAAAAUUGAAAAGAUUACUUAUUUAUGUACACCUUAGGCAUAUCUGCGUGCACCUCACAUGUCAGUGUAAAAAAAAAAAAAAAAUUAGAGCUUGUUCGGAAUGGGUUGCCGAGCGCUGUGUUGUAACGAUUCUCAUAGAAUCCUAAAUCCUGUGUAACAUGCAACCUAAAUCUGGGUUGUGAAAAGAAUACUCAUUUUUUUCUUCUUAUUUAUAUAUUAUGUUUACAUAGUGCAGCUGAGACAUGGAUAGGUUUGUGUUCUUGUUCCAGCACUUAUUUUCUUUCUGUGAAUUUUUGUUUUAUAGUCCCCUUUUGGACUGCGUGUACUUUUCUGAGGCUGUUUGCUGUCAUGCCUGUGAGUUGUGAUAUAGGAGUUCAUUUUGCUUCUCAUGGCACUCAUAGGAGGACACUAAAUGAUGUGCGAGCUACACAUAUGCUUUCAUUUGGUGUUUGCAAGUGCGUAGUAUUGACCAAGCUUAAUUUUAUUCACAUUAAAUUGCAGUGGUGCUUUUCAUGUCACACCUCACAGUCGUUUUAGCAAAUACCAUUAUAGUGUUGUUGAGAGCCGUAUUAUACACAGGUUAUUUAUUUUCCCUCUUGCCUCGGCUGUGAGCUGCACUUUUGUGUCUCACUUUGUCCUUGUUUGUCCCGGUGUGCGUGGACAUAUGCACAUGCUAGACGCAUUUGUUGAAUUGUGAGCCUACCGUCUAGCUGCUUUCAUGUGAGCGCUGAAUUACGACACCCCUGCCCCCUCGCUUUGUUAGAGGCUGUGGUCAUAAUGACUAGGUUGCUGGGUGCUGCUGCAUUGCAUUGGGCUGGGGGAACUGGCAGUUGGUGACAGAGAUGGCAGCCAGCCUUUGCCUUGAUGUAUGGGGCCCCGCAGAUAUCAUUGUCAUUUCAUUGUGCUAUUCUGCAGUCAUGAUCUCCUUAUUCAAAUAAGUGAUUUCUCGUGCACCUAUUGACUUGGGGCUUUCUUACAUUAUGCUGCAUUGGGACCUGCUUCUGGCCUGUGCAGAGCUAUACUAUGCUUGUCAAUUAUUGGUGUAAACUUGUGUUACACUUGUAACCUUUGUGCACUUUGUGACAGCUUGCCAUUUCAUUUUUAUUUUUCGUGCCUUUUAAGCAAAAUUUUUAGAAGACAUCCCAACAUUUAGUAACAAUGUGCAUAUAUGUGGCCAUAGAUAUUUGCAGCAUGGUCUCAUAACAGCCACUGGUGUUAUGGUAAGCUAAUCCAUGUGCCGUAUGUGCCCAGACAAUUUUCCCAUAGCAGGUAUCUAGACUGAUAGUAUAAAUAGUUUUCACAACAUGGCCCCACAAAUCAUAGUGGCCACACGUCUGUGUACUCUCCGAGUCUUUAGGCAUUUAAAAUGACAUAAUGAUAAUGCAGAAGUGCCAUAUGCUGUGUAUUGGUAACAACUGUUUACAUUGCACCACACUAACAGCACAUAUUGUACACAUUAUCUGGGGUCUCACUACAUCACUGCAGCUGGCAAUGUCUGGCUCCAACUUGUUUGCUCCCAGCCCAUGUAGAGAUUGUCUUUCCACCAUGUCCUUUACUUAGUCUCCUCGUUAAAUGUGUUGAUGGGGGACAUUGUGUAUUCUGUACAUUUCCAACUGUGUUCUUGUGUGUUGACAUUACAGUGGAAUAUCCUCUGAUCUGCUGUCACGGGGAAUAAAGCAAGACACGGUUUUCCUUUC